AUGAGAUCCGAGGCCAGUUGGCUGCUACUGGCCAUCGCAAUUUUGGUCUGCUAUGGCACCAAUUUCGUUAAAGCUGAAGAAAGAUUUCUACAAUUGGAAAUAAGAACUAAUUCAAAUAAUGAUAUUCUGGCUGCAAGCUACCAAAAUAUAACCAACUCUCCAGCACUUGAAUCCAGAACCCGUAACAGCAGCUCAAGUCAGAGGCUACUUAAUCCGAAAAAGGCUAGAAGCGACUACGCCAUAUAUUUUUCCAAAAGUAUACCCAAACUCGAAGCAUAUACGUCUCAUCUUAAGAUAGCACAACAGCCCCUAACUGGUCAACGAACGAUUAGGUCUGUAACUAAUACACCAAACAGUACGAAAAAAUUAAAAAAAAGUCAUCGUAAAAGAAUAAGAAAUGGUCAAACUUUCAUUAUUCCUGGCGAGGCGCCCACUGAUGAAGUUAUAUUAACGAAAUCAACAACUUCAUCAAUGAUCACCAUAUCACCGAAAAUUCCACCAGCUACACAACUUACUAUACCACCAUGUGCACCAGCCAUCGUACCAACAACAGUGUCACCGAUUGCAAAACCAACUGCAACAUCAACAUUAGCACCUACUGAACCAACCACUGUAUCACCAACUUUAGCACUUACGUUGCCACCAACUUCACCACCUACAGUGCGAUCAACUGCUACACCUACCACUGUAUCACCAACAGCUGCACCAACUGCUGCAUCAAACACUGUGCCACCAACUGUAGCACCUACCGAACAAACUACUGUAUCACCAACUUCAACACCUACUGUGCCACCAACUGCUGCACCUACCAUUGUACCACCAACUGCUGCAUCAAACACUGUAAUAACAACUUCACCACCUACUGUGCCAACAACUGCUGCACCAACUGUAGCACCUACCGAACCAACCACUGUACCAACAACUUCACCACCUACUAUGUCACCAAAUGCUGCACCAACUGCUGUAUCAACUGCUCCCCCAACUUCAGCACCAACUGCUGCACCUACUGAACCACCUAUUUCCACACCCACUGUUCCUCCUACUAUAUCUCCAACUGUUCGUCCGACAAUUCUUCCUUGUCCACCUCACCCACUCUACGUAAAGUAUCCUCCAUAUCAUAUAGCCCCUCCACGAUCUUCCUAUGUGUACUCUCGACCUAAAGUUCCUCAUAGUUAUCCAUCGGUGGCCCAUUACACCAGAGCUUCAGCGCCUAAUAAUUGUAUACGAAUAAGCGAUAAUGGAUUGGCUGGAAGUAGAAGAAGUACUCGUAUAGUAUGUUUUCCGCGGCAAACAGCUCCAGCAAGGAUUAUAACACCGCGCAUAGUUCACCCACCGAAACCACUUCCAGCAACGUACGCAGCACAGCGUUGCAAUGGGCGUCUUUGCAAUAGAAAAGAAACACCUAAACGUAAUGGUUGCUGCGUUGGAAAGAAUGUUUAUGCCAGGAAGCCAGUGCAUUACCCAGCACCAAGCCAUAAAUUCUUAUCGCGUGCAUCGAUUCGAAGAAAAGUUCAGAUCUUCGUCAUACCUUCGGCGGCUCCGGAAUUAGAUUUAGGAAUCACAGAUCCAACAACGCAACCUCCAACAACUUUAGCAUCAACGACAGUACCACCAACAGAUCCAAGUAUAGCAUUAACAGAUCCUACGCUAGUACAAACAACACAACUUACAACAACUUUAGAACCAACGACUGUACUACCAACAGAUCCAACGACAGUCCCAAUAAUACAACCUUCAACAACUUUAGAACCAACGACUGUACGACCAACAGAUCCAACGACUGUACAACCGACAUACUCAACGAAAGGACCAACAACACAACCUUCAACAACUUUAGAACCAACGACUGUAACACCAACAGAGCCAACGACAGGACCAACAACACAACCUACAACCACUCUAGCCUCAACGACUGCAUCACCAACUGACCUAACGACAGUACCAAUAUUACAAUCAACAGCAAUUUUAGCACUAACGGCUGUACCAGCAACAGAUCCAACGAUAGUACCAACAAUACUACCUUCAUUAACUUCAGAACCAACGACUGUAACACCAACAGAUCCAACAAGUGUAAUAUCAACAGAUCCAACGACUGUACAACCAACAGACUCAACAACGGGAUCAACAACACAACCUACUACAACUUUAGAUCCAACGACUGUACCAACAACACAAUCUUCAACAAAUUCAGAAUCAACGACUGUAACACCAACAGAUCCAACGACAGGAUCAACAACACAACCUUCAACCACUUUAGCUUCAACGACUGCAUCACCAACUUAUCUAACGACAGUACCAAUAUUACAAUCAACAGCAAUUUUAGCACAAACGGCUGUACCAGCAACAGAUCCAACGACAGUACCAACAAUACUACCUUCAACAACUUUAGAUACAACCACUGUAACACCAACAGAUCCAACAACACAACCUUCAACAACUUCAGAACUAACGUCUGUAACACCAACAGACCUAACGACUGUGCCCACAAUACAACCUUCAACAACUUCAGAUCCAACGACUGUACAACCAACAAAUUCAACAACAGGACCAACAACACAACCUGCUACAACUUUAGAUCCAACGACUGUAACACCAACAGAGCCAACGACAGGAUCAACAACACAACCUCAACCACUCUACACAACGGCUGUACCAGCAACAGAUCCAACGACAGUACCUACAAUACUACCUUCAACAACUUUAGAUACAACCACCGUAACACCAACAGAUCCAACGACAGUAACAACAAUACUACCUUCAACAACUUCAGAACAAACGACUGUAACACCAACAGAUCCAACAACUGUAAUAUCAACAGAUCCAACGACUGUACAACCAACAUACUCAACAACGGACCAACAACACAACCUACUACAACUAGAUCCAACUACCAGUAUACAAUCAACAGCAAUUUUAGCACUAACAGCUGUACCAGCAACAGAUCCAACGACUAUUCCUACAACACUACCUUCAACAACUUCAAACCAACACUGUAAUACCAACAAUCCAACGACAGGAUCAACAACAGAUCCAACAACAGUACCAACAACACAACCUUCAACAACUUCAGAACCAACGACAUUCAACAACAGGACCAACAACACAACCUGCUACAACUUAAGAUCCAACGACUAUCCAACGACAGGAUCAACAACAGAUCCAACAACAGUACCAACAACACAACCUUCAACAACUUCCGAACUAACGACUGUAACACCAACAGAUCCAACGACAGGAUCAACAACAGUACCAACAACACAACCUUCAACAACUUCACAACUAACGAAUGUAACACCAACAGAUCUAACGACUGUGCCAACAAUACAACCUUCAACAACUUCAGAUCCAACGACUGUACAACCAACGAUCAACAACAGACCAACAACACAAUCGCUACAACUUAGAUCCAACGACUCACUAACAGCUGUACCAGCAACAGAUCCAAUGACUAUUCCUACAACACUACCUUCAACAACUUCAGAACCAACGACUGUAACACCAACAGAUCCAACGACAGGAUCAACAACAGAUCCGACAACAGUACCAACAACACAACCUUCAACAACUUCAGAACCAACGACUGUAACACCAACAGAUCCAACAACUGUAAUAUCAACAGAUCCAACGACUGUACAACCAACAGACUCAACAACGGGACCAACAACACAACCUACUACAACUUUAGAUCCAACGACUGUAACACCAACAGAUCUAACGACAGGAUCAACAACACAACCUUCAACCACUUUAGCUUCAACGACUGCAUCACCAACUGAUCUAACGACAGUACCAGUAUUACAUUCAACAGCAAUUUUAGCACUAACAGCUGUACCAGCAACAGAUCCAACGACUAUUCCUACAAUCCAACGACAGGAUCAACAACAGAUCAAUAACAGUAACCAACACAAACCUUCAACAACUUCAGAACCAACGACUGUAACACCAACAGAUCCAACGACAGGAUCAACAACAGAUCCAAUAACAGUACCAACAACACAACCUUCAACAACUUCAGAACCAACGACUGUAACACCAACAGAUCCAACGACAGGAUCAACAACAGAUCCAACAACAGUACCAACAACACAACCUUCAACAACUUCAGAACCAACGACUGUAACACCAACAGAUCCAACAACUGUAAUAUCAACAGAUCCAACGACUGUACAACCAACUGACUCAACAACGGGACCAACAACACAACCUACUACAACUUUAGAUCCAACGACUGUAACACCAACAGAUCUAACGACAGGAUCAACAACAGAUCCAAUAACAGUACCAACAACACAACCUUCAACAACUUUAGAUCCAACGACUGUAACACCAACAUAUCUAACGACAGGAUCAACAACACAACCUUCAACCACUCUAGCCUCAACGACUGCAUCACCAACUGAUCUAACGACAGUACCAAUAUUACAAUCAACGGCAAUUGUAGCGCUAACGGCUGUACCGGCAACUGAUCCAACGACUAUUCCUACAACACUACCUUCAACAACUUCAGAACCAACGACUGUAACACCAACAGAUCCAACGACAGGAUCAACAACAGAUCCAACAACAGUACCAACAACACAACCUUCAACAACUUCAGAACCAACGACUGUAACACCAACAGAUCCAACAACUGUAAUAUCAACAGAUCCAACGACUGUACAACCAACUGACUCAACAACAGUACCAACAACACAACCUUCAACAACUUCAGAACCAACGACUGUAACACCAACAGAUCCAACGACAGGAUCAACAACAGAUCCAACAACAGUACCAACAACACAACCUUCAACAACUUUAGAUCCAACGACUGUAACACCAACAGAUCUAACGACAGGAUCAACAACACAACCUUCAACCACUCUAGCCUCAACGACUGCAUCACCAACUGAUCUAACGACAGCUGAUCCAACGACUAUUCCUACAACACUACCUUCAACAACUUCAGAACCAACGACUGUAACACCAACAGAUCCAACGACAGGAUCAACAACAGAUCCAAUAACAGUACCAACAACACAACCUUCAACAACUUCAGAACCAACGACUGUAACACCAACAGAUCCAACGACAGAUCAACAACAGAUCCAACAACAUACCAACACAAACUUCAACAACUUCAGACCAACGACUGUAACACCAACAACAACUGUAAUAUCAACGAGAUCCAAGUACGACUAUCCAACGACUGUAACACCAACAGAUCUAACGACAGGAUCAACAACACAACCUUCAACCGCUUUAGCUUCAACGACUGCAUCACCAACUGAUCUAACGACAGUACCAGUAUUACAUUCAACAGCAAUUUUAGCACUAACAGCUGUACCAGCAACAGAUCCAACGACUAUUCCUACAACACUACCUUCAACAACUUCAGAACCAAGGACUGUAACACCAACAGAUCCAACGACAGUACCUUCAACAACUUUAAAUACAACCACUGCAACACCAACAGAUCUAACAACACAACCUUCAACAACUUCAGAACCAACGACUGUAACACCAACAGAUCCAACGACAGGAUCAACGACAGAUCCAAUAACAGUACCAACAACACAACCUUCAACAACUUCAGAACCAACGACUGUAACACCAACAGAUCCAACGACAGGAUCAACAACAGAUCCAAUAACAGUACCAACAACACAACCUUCAACAACUUCAGAACCAACGACUGUAACACCAACAGAUCUAAUACGACAGUACCAGCAACAGAUCCAACACAGUACCUUCAACAACUUUAAAUACAAACCACUGCAAUACCAACAGAUCUAA